AUGCAGGGUCUUGCGGAUGGUCCCGUCAAGACUCACCUGUUCCGACUUGAACUAGAUUCGCUAGAACAAGCCAUUUCCAUUGCGGAACAGGAAGACUUCAGUCUGAGACAGGCUCGCGCCAGCUCGACAUCAUAUCGUCAACCGAGACGGUAUGACAGCGGAGGUCCAGAGCCGAUGGAACUCUGUUAUGUAGAGAGCGAGAAGGCUCGCUCUACAGACUACAAGAAGUUGCAGAGAUGCAACAGAUGUCAAAAGACAGGACACUACGCUUACGAGUGUAGUGCCCCUCGUCCAGUGUCUCGCAACACUGGGCGUAGUGACCGUCCACCCAUGAGAAAGGGGCAGGGACGAGGGUCCGCUGUUGGUGCAAAGACGCAACAACGGGAUGGACCGUCAAAAAACGGACAGGAUCAGUAG